GCAUUCCGAUUCUUCCUGACAAAGUUGCCGUGAUACAUGCAGACGUGAUGUUAACUACUCAAACGCUUACACUUAUGCGCUUCUGGAAUUGAGGAGAGAAUAGGGGUGAAAGGGGGAAUGCUCAUCCUGCAUGAUUUUGGUUUGCUUACAGAGUAAAACGACCACAGACCCUUCGAAUUCUCCUGUGAUCAGGGUAAGCUUCUUUCGUUGGGAAUGUGAAUUCCCUGUCAGUCUUACUAUAAACAUUUUGGGUCGCUUUUUACUGGGGAGAUCUGCUGAUAUUCACACAGCCUCUUGGGAAAAUCGUUGUUUUUGCAUCAUGCCAUAAUGGAUGGAUGGAGGGUGAUGAGAACGUUUCGACUGGAAUCUUUCAACUUUGCCAUCACGCUUAUUUUGGAUUGUGAUAUAUGACUUGGAUGUGGCAUCGUUUGUUCUCAGACGCGCUGUUAAUAUUGGACACCACGAUUUUACGCGGGAAUUAUGUGCAUGGAUAUGGUAGGAAACUAGAUCGGGAGACAUGUUCCAUGGUGAAACUACAUGCUUGACACACGGAUACCCCUCUGACUCGCUUAUAUUCCGGGGGCAGCGACGGGCAGGUGCGCGUUGGAAUCGGCGGCUGCGCGAAGCGACUGGGGUCCUGGACUAGAACCGUACCGUCUGAUGAGAGCGCGUGUCAUGCGGACUCAGCUGUCGCGCGCUGUAAGGCUUUAAAACCUGUGGACAGGAGCUGACAGAUAAACUGAUAUGUCCUCUGCCAUGCGGCGCCGCUGGCUUAUGGUGCCUCUGCUCAUGCAGGUGUGGCUGGCAGCAUCUCCGUCCCUCAGCGAGCGUCCAUGCCCCAAGAGCUGUCGCUGCGAUGGGAAAAUUGUCUACUGUGAGUCCAGCGGUUUCCGCGAUGUGCCCAAGAACCUCUCAGGGGGCUGCCAAGGCCUGUCCUUACGCUACAACAGUCUGGUCAGUCUCAGAGCUGGACAGUUUGUGGGCCUCAACCAGCUCAUCUGGCUCUACUUAGACCACAACUACAUUGCCUCUGUAGACGUACUGGCUUUCCAAGGCGUCCGAAGGCUCAAGGAGCUGAUCCUGAGCUCAAACAAGAUCACAAUGCUCCACAACACCACUUUCCACCCUGUACCCAACCUCCGCAACCUGGACCUGUCUUACAACAAACUGGCGUCUCUGCAGCCGGGCCAGUUCCAGGGCCUCCGCAAGCUCCUCAGCCUGCACAUGCGCUCCAACUCCUUGAAAAGCAUUCCUGUGCGUUUGUUCCAGGACUGCAGAAACCUGGAGUUCCUGGACCUGGGCUACAACCGCCUGCGCAGCAUCACACGCAACGCCUUCUCAGGCCUGCUGAAGCUGACCGAGCUGCACCUGGAGCACAACCAGUUCUCCAAGAUAAACUUUUCCCACUUCCCACGCCUCUACAACCUGCGGGCGCUAUACCUGCAGUGGAACCGCAUCCGCUCCAUGAGCCAGGGCCUGACCUGGACCUGGACCUCCCUGCAGAAGCUGGACCUGUCUGGAAAUGAUCUGCAAGAGGUGGAUGCUACGGUCUACCAAUGCCUGCCCAACCUUCAAACACUCAAUCUGGAUUCCAAUAAGCUGACCAACGUGUCCCAGGAGACAGUGUCUGCCUGGAUCUCUCUGACCACCAUCAGCCUGGCGGGGAACGUGUGGGACUGUGGCCCUGUGGUCUGCCCCCUGGUGGUCUGGCUGAGGAACUUCAAGGGGAACAAGGAGAACAACAUGAUCUGCGCUGCCCCCAAGGAAGCCCAGGGAGAGAAGGUCAUGGAUGCCGUUGACACCCACAGUGUGUGUCAGGAUAACGCAAUUACACCCCUCACGGCCAGCGCCCCACCCACCCCAUCUAAUGACCCAGACCAGACAGAGCGCCGCCCUGUCUACCCCACACCACCCACACAAGGUGGGAAGAGGGGGGAGGGAUUCAGAGGAGGCCCUACUUCUCCAGCUGUUACCUCGGUCGUGGCGCCACCACCUGAACAGUUUGAGCCUGUGUCCUUUCACAAGAUAGUGGCGGGGAGUGUUGCCCUGUUCUUGUCUGUGGUGAUGAUCCUGUUGGUGAUCUACGUUUCAUGGAAGCGCUAUCCCAGCAGCGUCAAGCAGCUGCAGGAGCACUCGGCCGCAGCUCGCAAGCGCCGGAAAAAAGCCAGAGAGACGGAGCGCACGCUGAGUUCCCCACUGCAGGAGUACUAUGUGGACUACAAGCCCACCAAUUCGGAGGCCAUGGACGUGCUUGUCAAUGGGACUGGCUCCUGCACCUACACCAUCUCAGGCUCCAGGGAAUGCGAGGCCCCGCACCAGAUGGGCGCCCUAACGUACUACCGGUAUGAGCAACCUAUCGUGGACUACUGCCAAGCCCAUCAGCCCCUGCGGCUCAACAUGGGCUACGAGGGCCCCCCGCAGGGCCUGGAGGAGCUGGGGCCACGCGAGAGGGCCACCAUACAGACUGUAGCGCUGCCCACUGUGCCCUCUGCCACCAUGGGGGUGAGGGCCAGGCCCCGCUCACCACCCUCUAUCCUCAGAGUCCCGUCCGAGGGCACCGGCGGUCCCUUCCCUCCCCCAGAGCGCACCACCACGCUCACCUUUGGACGCUAACAGCUGGAGCGAGAGGCUGUCAUUUGAGGCAGGGUGGGGAUGCCACAGAUCCACCAUGACUCUUGAAUAGAGGGCGAUGGAGCGGAGUGGUUCUUUGGGGCCUUUUUUAGCACAUUGGCAUGGGAAGCUACAAAGGGGCGGAGGUGAGGAGAAGAAAACAAAAAAAUAUCAAUUUACAUGGCUAGAUGCCUUUGGCAUCUGGCACCCGGAAUGUGACCAUUAUGAAGGCUGAUGCAUCCUGGGAGUUCUGCUAUCAUCUCUCUUUAUUUUUCCAAACACUUCAAAGUGGCCCUCCUGCUCCCCUCCUCCUGGCUCUUGGGAAACUUGAAACGUGAUGCAACAUGCAUGACACGUUAACAUUAACAUCGCUUUGGUUACAGCUCUGGCCCAUACAGCGACAACAUUGUAGGGUGCCUGCACCAGGGAAUGGAUAAUGACAGUUCUUUCACGCUGUGUUUGGAGUGAAAAAGGAAUGUGCAAUAAACAAGGUUUCUGGAGGAAAAUGAAAUGAGGGAGAUAUAAAGAAAAAUAAACAUCGUGACACAAAAUCAUGUUUACCAGAGCUCAAAGGCUUGCUGUUAUUCCCAUUAAAAUUGCCAGUCAGCAGUCAUAAUGCUAUCUAAUGGGAAUCAUUUCAUUAAAAUGAGCUAAUUUUUCUAAACAGGAGAAUGAUGUGGCGAGGGAAAAGAAGUAGAGCAUUGUAUGAUUUCCAUGGAGGUCACAGUCUCAUGCUAAGUUCUAUUCAUGUGCUCAUGUCAUACCAAAGAUGUGUUAUUUUAUAUGUACAUAAUAGCAUUUGUUUUCUUUAUACUUUUUGUUUCUGAAAACAUCCAAACUGGUACACAUUAAAUGGUUUACUUUUUAUAAAUGUACGUCUGCCACCUGUAUACAGAUAUGUACAACCAAACCACAUGAUAUCGUCUACGCAGGCUGCCGAGGCCUGUGUCUGUAAAUGGUGGCGCAGCCUACUCAGUUUGCCAAGUUGUCAUUACAAAAAGAUAAUUUGAUGUAGUCCGAUCUAUAGGAAAAAUAUAGGAAGCAUGUGUAAUGGCUUGUCAAGAUUUGGCAGCUGGCUGGAAUUGGCCCACCAUGUAUUAUACUCUCUAUGAUCUGGGGAAUUCAUGGGUUGAUAUCUAUCUCAUUAAAUCCUUUAAAUGGAAUAGCUGGAAGUGAAGUAUUAGGGCAGAAUGAAGCUCUUUAAAAUGCCAAUGCUUUGCGAUGCUCAGUUUGAUCAAAUUGGGCAAAGCAGUUAACAAGGUUGUCUGCAGGUCCUUCGAGGGACCUCAACUGAAGGUUGAAUCUCUUACCACCUGUAAAGGCCUAGCAAGCCAUUUUACAUAUUUGAUUUCUCAAAGCAAUGCUUCAUUUUCUUGUAACUGUUUGUGAUGUGACCGGUAGGUUGGUAUUCUGGUAGGUUGGUGAUGUACUGCUCCUGUGCUGCCCCCUACUCCCUCAGAGACAGUGCAGACACAGAGCCCAGUGCCUCAUCGGGGCUUGUUGGACUGGCUGACACGUUGAUGUUUCUUCGACCUCCAGAUGAACUCACUGACUGUGGUGGACUGCCACUGGGGAUGGAUAUUGCCUGUUAACAACACAGCCAUUUGCCAGCCAGUGUGCCUGACAGUGUUCGGACGCUCACCAGAUGAAUGUGGACACUCUCUCUGUCACCCAUGGCCACUAUUGGACAUCCUUAACCAUUGAUUGAUGGAGUUGAUGAUGGACUUGAACAUUUGUUGUGGUUGCUUUCAACCGGCAUCCCCCACCCUCCUUACUCCCCAUGUCCAAAUAACAACAUGCUAUGGUAAUUUUUGUAUCUGUCUGGAUAAUUGUCUGUGGUCAUCACUGGCCUGCCACAGGAGAAGGUAAGGGCCGGGACAUGGAUUGGGGGGGGGUAUGCUUUUGUGAAGUUUCUUGACCUGGGAGCAAAAGUGACACUUUUUGAGAUGAUCAAAGAUGUCAAGAAAUUCUAUAAAAUACUCAAUCAAAAGGACAAAAUCCAUCUGGACUUAUGUGUCUUGUAAAUAUAGAAAAAAGUUACAUAUUUCGCUUCUUCUGAAACACAAACUGCUUGUGGCCAGAAGAGGAGCCUUAUCCACGAACCAGUGUGAGGAAGGGAGUCUGUCCUGAAGAUGGCUUUGGGAGGGAGGUGAUGAUUCCCACCAUUUGCUCUUCUCUCCUUGUUUUAAUGAUGAAUAUGUUUCUAACUGCUCCCACAUCCCUCCACCACGUCCCUCCACCACGUCCCUCCACCACGUCACCAUUCUUGCAGAGAUAGUCUAUCACUGAGGUUAUUAGUUAUUUCUCAUGGUCACACCCCCUACCGGAGCCACACAUGACAGGGACAUUGGAAGCCCUAACAUAAUGACUUGAAGUGUCAAUAAUUUGAAGUGUCUGGCCUGUAGUAGAGUAUUUUUCAUAGCAGGCUUCAAAUAAGCCAUUUUCUUGGUACAAGUCAUUCUUUCGUUAUUAAAGUUAUUUUGAAAAGUUUUUUUUGUGCCAUGAUAACUUUAUUUUUCAUUUAAUAAUUUACCAACCCCUAAGCAAACACAGAAAUAAUGCUCUUAUAAUGAUAUCAUGAUCUAGAAGUUUUUUCAGAUAUGCCCCACAUAUUACAUAAAAACUGUCGGUUUACUCAAAAUGGCUUCUGACUGCAGUGCUGGUUUGAGUUUAAAUUGUAAUAAAUGUUGAGCAAAUGUCUUUACAAAUGGGACAUCUCACUCUCAGUUCUAUCAACGUCUUGCCUUACUCUUUAUACCUCCCCUGCCCCCUGCCAUCUCCCUGGCCUGGAUCUCAUCACUCCCCUGCCCCCUGCCAUCAACCUGGCCUGGAUCUCAUAACUCCCCUGCCCCCUGCCAUCUCCCUGGCCUGGAUCUCAUAACUCCCCUGCCAUCAACCUGGCCUGGAUCUCAUAACUCCCCUGCCCCCUGCCAUCUCCCUGGCCUGGAUCUCAUAACUCCCCUGCCCCUGCCAUCUCCCUGGCCUGGAUCUCAUAACUCCCCUGCCCCCUGCCAUCUCCCUGGCCUGGAUGUCAUAACUCCCCUGCCCCCUGCCAUCAACCUGGCCUGGAUCUCAUAACUCCCCUGCCCCCUGCCAUCUCCCUGGCCUGGAUCUCAUAACUCCCCUGCCAUCUCCCUGGCCUGGAUCUGAUACCUCCCCUGCCCCCUGCCAUCUCCCUGACCUGAAUCUGAUACCCCCCCUGCCCCCUGCCAUCUCCCUGGCCUGAAUCUGAUACCUCCCCUGCCCCCUGCCAUCUCCCUGGCCUGAAUCUGAUACCUCCCCUGCCAUCUCCCUGGCCUGGAUCUCAAACCUCCCCUACCCCCUGCCAUCUCCCUGGCCUGGAUCUGAUACCUCCCCUGCCCCCUGCCAUCUCCCUGGCCUGAAUCUCAUGUCUGUCUUUGGUGACUUUGGUGAACCUGUUUUAUAACAUUCUAAUUCUUUCCGCAUGCUGACUAUUAGGGAAACCACAUCCUGAUAUGAGUGUGUGCACUGAACUAGAAACAGAAAGUAUGGAGAAUCUUUCCUGUUUGACAUGCCCUAGAACCACAAAGACAUGUUUUCACACACACACACACACACACACACACACACACACACACACACACACACACACACACACACACACACACACACACACACACACACACACACACACACACAGGUCACUUUGUUUUCUCUCAAGCAAGCUGUUCACUGAGCCCUCCAUAGCCAUUCCUCUCCUGAGUAGAUUUCUCUAGCACAAUGGGCCCUCCAUUCUCCAUGCAGUCUGUAUGCAUAGAGGCUUUUGUUGGACGAGGUUAUACCCCAGAGAGAGGCUUUCCUCUUCUAUCCUGGUAAUACGUUUCUAGACCAGUCUUCAUAAUUUAGUUUUCUUCAUUAAUAUGUUUCCUUAAGCAGUAAUCUCUUAACAGCAGUCCAACAACGGUCAAAGCGAUUUCACCCCAAUAUGUAAUUGGAAGGUGAAAUGAACACAUUAUAAUCACAAUUAAAUUAGUGGCUAAUAAAUAAUCGGUUUACCAUUAUCUACAUCCAUGAUCAGCACUGAUAAGGCCAUUGGAAUAAAAGGACCCUGCUGUCUUGCAUUAACUAGUCUUUUGGCCCAUUUUUCUUAUGCCGUACUGUAUGGGGGCUUUCAGCACAGGGACUAAACUUAAGGAACAUCUGUGCUAGCCCAGCAAUGCCGACAGGCUUUGUUUUUUCCUCUGCUUUGUUUCUUUUGGGUUUUGUUUUCCCUUCUACCCCCACCCUCCGAGUAUGGGCUCAAAUCCCUGCUGGGAACAGAUUUUGCUGAAGGGGGGCUGAAUGAAGGUCUGAAGUGUUGCAGGGAAGCCUUUCAUAUUUCCUUGUUUAUGCUCAGAGGAAUGGCUAAAUGCAAAUCACUAGGGGGAAUGGGGAGGGGGGAAGAACAGAAAUUAAGGAAAGGGGUAAGAACAAGGGGAUUGUACUGUAUUUGGUUAAAACAAAGGUUCCGCGUCCCAUGCACACCAGGGGAUGCUAUCCUAACACCUUGCUACACAUCUACAGUAAACAUGUAGGAGGCGGCACACAGACACCUGCCUAUCUCCUAAAUCCUUCCACACCUUGGCUGUAUGCAGUCUUAUCACGCCUGGUGCACAUGGCUGAGGAUGCAGUGAGCGGUCUCAUCAUUGUACUCUGCAACUUCCCCACAGGGCCUAACAUCUGCUGCUGAUGUACCAUGGCUUUUGUUGCCCAGGCUCUGUCACUGCUGGUGCACACCAAGUUUGUGGUGUCUUAAACCUGGUCCUUAUAUCUCACCAUGGCUCCGGGCUCUGCAGCACCUCAGCCUCCCUGCCAUCAACACAACACAUCCCCCAUCCAGUUCAUCUGAGGCCAACCACAGAGCUUCAAUGGCUUCUAAGUGAUCAAUAGAUUUGAAAAAUGUAUUCCCAGCCAGAUGUGGUUUUGGGUCGUCUUUUCUAGUCCCUGCCAUCCAUCUCUGAGUCCAAUACUGGGGUGUUAUACAGUUACAGUAGAGGGCCUCUAUAGGGCCCAGAGCAUGUGGAGACCUGAGGAAUUACAGGACAGUAGGAGGAGCUCUUACAUCCCUGUAAUUCCCCUGAAUCAAUGUCCCAUUACGGAUGUUCAGGCCAGUCUUUUUACCUCCCCAUUGAUUGCUAUUGUUCCAUGCUGUUACAUAUUAGCUGUAAGUCUUUAACCUUAAUCCCUAUUGUCUUGACCCUAGUUUAUAACCAUUGCUUAUGCCAAAGGGCAGAGUAAAAUCUAAGCAUAACCAUUAUCCUGUCAGAGAAACAGGCGAUAUUUUGGUAUGACAAAGCAUGUUUACACCCCUAAUUGGAUUUCUGUUAACAGAAAACAAGGAACACUACUUUCAUAUAGACUCCAUUUUACUGCCACAGUCAAUGUAGAGAUGUGAACGUAUAGUAAAACUGACAGAAAACAAUAUUAUCAUAUUAUUUUUCUCCUUGCCUGCUCCAAGCUUCUCCACACUCUCCCAUCCCACCAAUAUCCUCUUAUUCUUUCCAUGAUAUUUCCAUGGGAAUUCCUGCUUUUCCCUCUCAUCCAUCUCCUAAGGAGGGCAUUGAUUUCUGUGGGAUGUAAAUAUGCGCUGCAUUGUUUUCUUCUGUAGUUGGUUUGUUGUUGUUUUGGUUUUUAUAUUUUAUUUGUAUGUACUCAGACCUAAAGCGGUUUUGUGGAGACCUGGUCCAAACGCAAAAUAUGGCUCUUUCGUUGAGUAUAUUAUUGUCAGAAAAUGUUUUGUAAAAAUUUUGAUGACGAAAUCUAAAAUAAAUACAUU